AGACUGAUUUCAGCUAUCAAUGGCUCAAAAUCCCAACUCCUUCACUGAUUCAGUGUUUGGAAUGAUCCGGAAUUUGCUUGUCAGUAUUCGGGCUGGGCUUUUCGAGCUUACAAUCAAGCAACCCGUCACUCAAAAUUCGUUGCAACGCUACCAAGAGGAGCAUCGGGAGGAAAAGCAGCAGUACCUGCGUCAAGCGAUAUUGGAUCUCGCGGAAGAUUCGGAAGAAGAGGACGAUGGACAGCCUCUUGAUAAAGAAACACUUUCGAAGAUGAUCGCGGAGCUGACAAUUGAACGAAAUAAUCUUAGACGAAGUUUCAACAUCGUCAAUGAGCAACGGACAGGUUCAAAGGACCGUCAACAUAUGGAAGAGGAGAUCAGGAUUCAGAAUUGGACGAAGGAAGAUCGGGAGGAGUUGGAGAGCGGCUUGGCGGUCAUGCGCCAGACAAUUCAAGAAUCUUGGAAGGAUGCUGCUGAUUGUGAGCAGGAGAAGCGCUCAAAGAACAAUCAAUAAAUUUUUGUGUAUUUUGUGAAUUCCUAUUAUUUUUAUAUGUGUAUAUCGGGAGUUUCCCUGUGAAUUUAUAUGAAAGUUUGAAUAGAGAAUAAAGAAUAUUCUCAAACA